AUGGUGAUCUCGGGUCACAAGAACAAGCCUCUUUUCAGUCCUGCCGCCGGUUCCCAGAAGGGACAGGUCGACAAUUGCAAGUCCUCGGCUGCUGCCGUUGCUGCUGUCCCGCAAGCAUCAGCGUCUGCGCCCGAGCCGAAGGUGUCGCCGCCUGCGUCGCCGUCCGGUUCAGCUGGCGGCAAGCUCAACCAGGACGACCAUGUCUCGGUCGAAUCAUCGACGGCGGCGACCACCGAGGAUGGCACGAGCGAAGUUGUCGCUGCUGCUGCUGCUGGCAUGCCGGUCUCUGAGGAGAAGACGACGAGACAAAAUGUCGCCUCCGAAGAGAGUACAUCAGCGGUAACAACAGCAGUGGAGGAGGAGCCGGGGCAAGAGACGGCGGCGGCAGUGCAAGGGCGACGAAGCAUGAUGGUGGUGGCGGCGAACCCUCGUCUCCAAGGGGUGUCUGCUCUGCCGCGCGAAACAGUCGUGCAGGCAAAGCUCUUCGUCGAGGAGGAGGACGAUGAGUCGUGCGCGCCGGAAACGAUGGAGGAGGGCACUACUGCUGCUGUGGACGUUACAGAAGGUGACGAUCUCGCUGGAACUUCUGUCGUUACUCCUGCUGCUGGGGACAAGAAGGACCCAGAGCAGCAGCAACAGCAGCAGCAGAAGGAUGAUGAAAACAUGGCGGCGGACGGCCAACCCGCGGACGUUGUUGACUUGCCUUCGGCAGGCAUGAAACAAGACGAAAGCGUGGUGACAAUCAUGACUAUCCCAGAAAAGGAAAACCAUGUCACCUUGGGAGCUUCAGCAGCAAUCGCGGUUUCCACAGAACCGGCACACAUGGAGGAGGAGGGCGACGAGAACCCGGCAUCUUGUUUGCGGUCCGAGGAAGAAAGGCAGGGAGAAACCCGGCCGGAGGGCGCGGUAGUUGCUUCCGACGAAGGGCACGAUGAGCAACAGCAGGUGAACGAGGCCGGUGCUUGUACCGCCGACCCUGCCAAACAACGGUCAGGUGAUGCUCAGGAAGUCCCUCAGGUGGUCAUGCAGCCAGCAUCGGGGGAAGAAGACGAACAACAGCAACACGUGGUUCUGGUCCAAGAAAUUGAUGCUGCUUCCGAUACCACUCAGUCGACUUCUCCCCCUCAUGUCGUGAUGCCGGAGGAGGAGCGAGAAGAACGCAAUCGUACAAACGAUGAGCCGAUGCCGUCUGUGCUUCUGCAGAACGAACGUGACGUCGUUCCGCUUUUGCCACCGCAGGAGGAGGACCCCGAGGCGUCGGUGAUGCCGUCGCAGCCUGAGGACGACGCCGACACCGCUCCGGUGCCACAGGGAUGCGCUGUCGUGACAGAGAACGCGCCCCGCGUAGUCGGCGAGCCUGGAUCUUCGAGAAAACUAGAGGCGGCGGCAGACGUCGGGCUCGGCGAGGAGAGGGCCGUCGCCGUACCGGGGCAUGCUGGGUUGGUCGUGGACGAAGAAACCAGGAGUCUCGUGGAGGGAAGCAAGUACCUUCGGUUCGAGGACGACGAGAGGACCGUGCUGUGCACCCUCACGGGCAAGAAGCUGGCCCCGGACUACAUAGGCAUUCUCAACUACAUGGGCAGCAGGAGGGUGCAGCAGCUUGUCGUUGAAGGACCCGUAUCCAUGUCGAUAAGCCCAUAA